UGGACUCACCAGAUCGGCGCCCGUUUAAGCCGAAGAGAGCAAACCCAGAGAUAUACAGUCAAGGGCCAACAAGGAUCGGAUCCCUCGCCGCCGCGGCGGACGACGGCGAGGCCUCCGAAUCUGACUAGGUACUCCACCUGCCUCUUCUCUCCCUGUUCGUGUGUGCUGCCCGUGUCUGCGUGUGGCGGGGUCUCCAUUUCACACUAGGGGUUGCGGCUCCGCGAAUCUUGGGGGCUUUUCAUAUCUUCCUAACAGAAGUUGUCCUUGUCAGCAAGAUGGUUUCCUUUGAGAUGAAUGACCUUCAAAGGCAUAGAGCACUGUUUAUCCUGGAUGGGAUCACAUUUCCCAUCCCCACAAGAGAUUGGGAUAGGGCUGACAGGCUUUGGAGUAUUCUUCUCAUUUCUGGGGAUCAUUUUCUUCUUUGACAAGGGGCUACUUGCAAUGGGCAAUAUUCUCUUCCUGUCAGGCUUAGGUUUGACUAUUGGAUUGAAAUCGACUCUGCAAUUCUUCACUAAGCCCAAGAACUAUAAGGGUACUAUCUCAUUUGGUGCUGGCCUUUUGCUUGUUCUAAUUGGAUGGCCCUUUUUUGGCAUGCUAUUAGAGGCAUAUGGUUUUAUUGUACUUUUCAGUGGAUUCUGGCCAACUCUUGUGGUUUUCUUGCAAAAGAUUCCUUUCAUUGGUUGGAUAUUUCAGCAGCCAUUUGUUGCAUCGUACCUUGGAAGCUAUCGAGGAAAAAGAGUUCCAGUGUAGGUCUUACCCCAAGUAGUGACACAGCAAUUCGAGGUUUACAUGGCAACCUCAAUUGGUUUUGUAACGCGCCUUCCACAUUUCUGCCCUUCUCUACCUUUUCAAUCACCAAAUCUUUACAAAUGCACAUGAAUCAGGGUCUUUUUUUUUUUGUAAAUUGAUUUUGCCUCCCCUUGGCUUUUAAUGACACAAUACUCUCUUUAGUAAGCCAGAUUCUAGGAAAAUUCAUGUUUAGAACCGCCUUGUUGAAGCAGAAACUGCAUGCUCGUUGUGCUUCUGUAAUAUAGUUCCAGCAAAUGGCCUCUGAUAUAGAAAAUCUUGCUAUGGGCACACAUUUUUGUGCCAGAAAUUGCUGGAACCGGAACUUGCUGAAAUGACUAUUGUGAACUACUGUGAUCCAUGAACUAGCUAACCCAUCUGCUCAA